GUGACAUCUCAACCAAUGGAGGAAAAACACAGCAGUACCGACACUAGUUUUACCCCUGAGCCAGGGGGGGCAAAAGCAACACAAGAUGGCUCCUGUGACCAAAGCCCCAUGGGAAUCAUCAGUAGACAGAUGAGCGAACAGGGCCGAUUUGCCUACGCUGCAAUGUGUGGCGUCUCACUGGGGAAGUUAUAUAGCGGGCAUGAAAACAGUGCGUUCAGGGAACAGUACCUGCAGGGCCUGGUCCGCUGGCUGGAUCUUGAUGAAUCUGUGAUGCCCGUCAUGGGGGCCUUCCUGUCAGGCCUGGGCUUUGAGGGCUCUGACACCUUCCUGUCCAUUCUGCAAGCUGAACAACUCAUGGCGACAGGCGCCGUACCCAUCAUACAGGACCUGGUGUCUUUCUCUGUCAAAGAUGGCCACUACGAUGCCAGAGCGAGGGUGCUCAUCCGGCACGUCAGCUGUCUGCUCCGAGUGUCUCCGCAAGAGCUGGAAGAGUUUGAAGAGACGCUUGGAGAGAGGCUCAGGGAAGGAGGAGAAGAGAGCGAGGAGGAAACGUCUCGGCGACGGAGGAGAGAAAAGGGUCGGAAAUUAAGACGCUACCUCCUCAUUGGACUUGCGACAGUCGGUGGUGGAACCUUGAUUGGUGUGACUGGUGGGCUGGCGGCCCCCUUAGUGGCAGCUGGAGCCGGCGCCGUGCUCGGGGCCGGAGGGGCCGCAGCUCUGGGCUCAGCCGCUGGCAUCGCAAUCAUGGCCUCCCUGUUUGGAGCAGCCGGUGCUGGACUUACCGGCUACAAGAUGAAUAAGUGUGUUGGUGCAAUUGAGGAGUUUGAAUUCCUGCCGCUCAGCUCCGGAAAGCAUCUUCACCUAACCAUAACGGUGACAGGGUGGCUCUGCACUGGGAAAUACAGCUCGUUCCAGGCCCCUUGGUGCAGCCUGGGAGAGUGCGGGGAGCAGUACUGCUUGGUGUGGGAGUCGCGUUUCCUCAGGGACUUGGGCUCGGCCAUGACCUCUCUUUUGGACGGGCUGGUCAGCAUGAUGGCUCAGGAGGCCUUGAAGUACACCGUUCUCUCAGGUAUCGUAACGGCUCUGACGUGGCCCGCCUCUUUGCUGGCUGCCGCCAGCGUCAUCGACAAUCCCUGGUGCGUUUGUUUGAACCGCUCUGCUGAGGUGGGGAAACACCUGGCUCAGGUUUUGAGAAGCAGGCAGCAGGGAACGCGGCCAGUCAGUCUGAUAGGUUUCAGCCUCGGGGCCAGAGUUAUCUACUUCUGUCUUCAGGAGCUCGCUAACGAUGAAGGCAGUGAAGGUGUUGUGGAGGAUGUGGUCCUGCUGGGGGCCCCUGUGGAUGGCUCGGAGAAGGCCUGGGAGAGAAUGACCCGGGUGGUGGCUGGAAAAAUAGUCAACGGGUACUGCAGAGGGGAUUGGCUCCUGGGGUUCUUGUACCGAAGCUCAGCUGCUCAGCUCUGUGUUGCUGGGCUACAACCAAUAAGCAUCCAGGAUCGCCGGGUUAUCAAUGUAGAUCUCUCCUCCGUGGUGAAAGGUCACUUAGACUACAUGCGUCAGAUGGACACCAUCUUGGUGGCAGUGGGAGUCCCGACCAAAGAGGUCCCAGGAUCCUCCUACGUGCCUCCUCCACCUGUAACUAUUACAAAGGGAACGGUACACACUCAGGACCAAACCCAAAUCAAGCAGCAGUUGCAGGAAACCAAAAGUCCAGUCCAGGAGGCCGAGACUUCUGCAGCAGACAUUGCUGAGGACUCAACAGAGAUGGCCGAUGGCUGGGACGUCCCCGAUAUCGCAGACCUGUUGGAUGCUCUCAAUAGUGACGAUAGUGAGUCCAAAGGUCCGCCCACAGCAGGGAACAGCGUACCUCACUGUCAGGAGAAUACCACUAACCGUAGACCUGUUUUUAAUGAGAGUGAAGAGCAGGCUGAGGCGGAUGAUGAACAGGUCUCAUGGAGCUGGGACGAUACACACUGGACUCCAGCGCGCAGCCAUAAACAAUGUGGACCCAAAAUGUAAGGAGGCUGCUCCAGGACCAGCUGCUUAAUUGAAGGUUUUGCUCAGCUGCAGUAUAUCAAAGAGUUAUUGAAGAAGGUAGGAAUUUUAACUAACUAGAGCCUCAACUCAUGACAAGUGAAACCAAUUCCGUCCAAACAUUAAGGCACUGGGUAGCGGCGUGACUCAGGGUGUCGAUAAGGUGGUUCGAUUUCUGCUCAAAUCCUAAUCCUGGGGUACCGGUUCUGCGGUAGUGCGCAUAGCCGAGGGAGAUCUCGAUCCAGUUGCGGUCACAGGCCCGAAUAAACGGUUAGACGCGUUAGAGGCAUCACGUACUGUGGUGAGUAGAGAAGCAACACACUUUCUUGGCGGUCUCGAACAGCCACGCAAGCACGGAGAGAACUCCACAGCUGAGACUCGAACUGCGAAGCUUCCUUCUGCGAGGCAACCACAUGCUCCUCCGCCUCUUCGGCACACUGAACGUUGGGCUGCGUGCGGGGCUCUGACAACUAGUUUUCAUGAGUCUGCGAUUGGAAUUGCAAUUGCGGGUAACGGCGUGGCAGCGUUGCAGUUGUAACAAUCAAUCAGCGGUCCUGCCAAGCCAUCCCAAUACACUAUAUACAGUAUAUAUGUAAAGGGAGCAAGCUUGGCUUUGCGGAUGGACGGUAAGGAACGUCAGUGAGAACAUUGUGAAAAUACGUAAUAUGACCCAGCCUGACCCCAAAGUAGUCCAGUUGGUAUUACAGUAAAGCGCUUAAUUGUCCGUGCAUUUUCCUACUCUAUCACACAGCCAGAAGUAUUCAAACCCUUUGCUCAGUAUUUAGUCGAAGCACCGUGUUGCGCUCAUACGGCUUUCCAUACCCACUGUAUAUUGUAAUCGCCUAAUGUCCACUGUAUUUCCAGUUUACAGUGAAAGCCAGUUUAUUGUGGGGGGUGCGGUACAGAAAAACAAAUUGCAAGCCUAAAAUGUAUAGAUAAUACUGUACGUAAUUACGUAACUUACAAUACGGAGCCUGACAGGGUGUCGUGUGAUGUCUGCGUGCGAGUGUCUGGGCCAGAGCUGUGGUCGACAGCAGCUUCUGCGUUGUGAGCGUGUCACUGGUCUCCCGGCAGUCAAUAAACAACAGAAAAUUGCA